AGGAAAAGCAGAGGUCUUGUAAAGGAGCGAGCAGCCAGUGCGGAGAGAGCAGGGCCAGAGCCCCGGGCUGGAGGGAAAUGAGCCAUGGAGCGGGAGUCCCCAGCUGGGGAAGUACCUCUUCCUCUGCAAUGUGCGCUGUGCAUGAGGAAGAGACUUGCCACUUAGAAGAGAGGGCAAGUCUCUGAAGAGUGCUGAGAAAAUGAGCGGUUAGCAUCAGACAGCAAGCGCGAGUUCCGAGCAUCAGGAGUCCUCUCUCCCGCACUGACAUGCUGCACCUGCCACUUGCAUUGCUCGCGGGUCUGUUCCCAGGUGGUGGCAACGGGGAUGCUUUGCAAGAGCCCAUCUCCUUCCAUCUCAUCCAGAUCGCUUCCUUUGCCAACAGCAGCUGGGCACAAAACCAAGGCUCAGGCUGGUUGGAUGACCUCCAGAUUCACGGGUGGGACUCUCAGGCAGGAACCGCAGUAUUCCUGAAGCCCUGGUCUAAGGGCAACUUCACUGACGACGAGGUGGCGGAGCUGGUGGACAUAUUUCGACUGUACCUUUUUGGCUUCAUCAAAGAAGUGCAGGAACGGGCCCAUGAUUUCCAGCUGGAAUACCCUUUUAACAUUCAGGGCAUAGCAGGCUGUGAACUGCAUUCUGGAGGUGCCAUUGUGAGCUUCUUGAGGGGCGCGUUAGGAGGAGUGGACUUCCUCAGCAUCAAGAACCGCUCAUGUGCGCCUUCCCCGGAGAGUGGAGCCAGAGGACAGAAGUUCUGUGCCUUGGUCAGUCAGUACAAAGGCAUCUGUGAUAUCGUGGAGAAACUCCUCUUAGAAUCCUGUCCCAAAUUUCUCCUGGGUGUCCUUGAAGCAGGGAAGGAAGACCUACAGAGGCAAGUGAAGCCUGAAGCCUGGCUCUCCAGUAGCCCCGGCCCUGGGCAUGGCCAUGUGCGGCUGGCGUGCCAUGUCUCUGGCUUCUACCCAAAGCCCGUGUGGGUGACGUGGGCGAUGGGUGAGCAGGAGCAGCAGGGCACCCAGAGAGGUGACACCCUGCCCAAUGCUGACGGGACGUGGUAUCUGCGAGCCACCCUGGAUGUGGAGGCCGGGAAGGCAGCUGGCCUGGCCUGCCGCGUGAAGCACAGCAGCCUUGGGGGACGGGACAUUGUCCUCUACUGGGGACACCCCAGCUACACCGGCUCCAUCAUUCUGGCCGUACUACUUUCCUCUUCGGUCUUUUUGCUGUGUUUGGCAUUGUGGUUUUUCAGGCACCGCAGGUCAUAUCAGGACAUCCUCUGAGUUCUCAGCGUGUCUCCUCUCCCAUGUGCAAUAAGUACCAAGAAGCCAGAAACUUACCUUGUCUGACCCAAGAGUCAAUUUUGUAAUAGUUAUUAAAAUAAUCAUUAGUUUGUGUUGUAAGAUAAAUCAUAAUUUAU